AUGGCAAAGGCUAAUGAAAGGAGUUUGGAUGAAAUCCUUCUUGAUAGUGAUGACAAAUUUACAUCAAAAAUGUUCACUGAAGUAGUAAAAGCACAACCCGGAAAGAGUGUAGUGUUAUCUGCUUUUUCGGUUCUGCCACCUCUUGCUCAGCUUGCUCUGGCAUCUGUUGGGGAAUCACACGAUGAACUUCUUAAUGCUAUUGAAAUGCCCAACGACAACGUAACAAAAGCAGUAUUUUCAAAAGCAAAGACAGAUUUGAGAUCAGAAAAAGGAGUGACCCUUAAGAUGGCUAGCAAAGUCUACGUGGCUGAGAAUUAUGAAUUGAACAAUGACUUCGCUGACCUUAGUCGAGACGUUUUCGGAUCUGAAGUUGCGAACAUUGACUUUUCUAAAAAAGAAAACGCCGCUAAGAAAAUUAAUCGAUGGGUUGAAGAUCAUACAAAUAAUCGUAUUAAAGACCUAGUAGACCCCACAUCCCUAGAUGGUGAUACCAAAGCUGUAUUAGUAAACGCAAUUUACUUUAAGGGCGCAUGGAAAAUUCCUUUUGACAAAGAAAGCACAACAGACAGAGAUUUCCAUGUGAGCAAAGAAAAUGUUGUCAAAGUACCCACUAUGUACAAUUCAGACACCUUCUAUUACAUUGAUAGUAAGGAACUCGACGCACAGGUAUUGGAACUUAAAUAUGAAGGAGGAGAUUCUGCUCUGUAUGUUGUCCUUCCACAUGAAGUAGAUGGCAUUAACAAAUUGGAAGAAAAACUCAGAGACCCAUCAUUAUUGGAUAGUGUUAUAAGUACCAUGUCUGCAUCAGAAGUUGAAGUGUACCUCCCUAAAUUCAAAAUUGAAACAACAAUAGAACUCAAAGAAGUUCUUGAAAAAAUGAAUGUAAGGCGAUUAUUUAGCGUUGGCGAAGCUAGACUCGACAAUCUCGUAAAGUCUGUUAGUGAUUUGUACAUUAACGACGCUAAACAAAAGGCAUUUAUUGAAGUUAAUGAAGAAGGUGCUGAGGCCGCGGCAGCUAAUGUAUUUUCCUUGGCCAUUAUGGCAACGGCUAAAGAAAGGAGUUUGGAUGAAAUCCUUCUUGAUAGUGAUAACAAAUUUACAUCAAAAAUGUUUACUGAAGUAGUAAAAGCCCAACCAGGAAAAAGUGUAGUGUUAUCUGCUUUUUCGGUUCUGCCACCUCUUGCUCAGCUUGCUCUAGCAUCUGUUGGGGAAUCACACGAUGAACUUCUUAAUGCUAUUGAAAUGCCCAACGACAACGUCACUAAAGCAGUAUUUUCAAAAGCAAAGACAGAUUUGAGAUCAGAAAAAGGAUUGACCCUUAAGAUGGCUAGCAAAGUCUACGUGGCUGAGAAUUAUGAAUUGAACAAUGACUUCGCUGACCUUAGUCGAGACGUUUUCGGAUCUGAAGUUGCAAACAUUGACUUUUCUAAACAAGAAAACGCCGCUAAGAAAAUUAAUCGAUGGGUUGAAGAACAUACAAAUAAUCGUAUUAAAGACCUAGUAGACCCCACAUCCCUAGAUGGUGAUACCAAAGCUGUAUUAGUAAACGCAAUUUACUUUAAGGGCGCAUGGAAAAUUCCUUUUGACAAGGAAAGCACAACUGACAGAGAUUUCCAUGUGAGCAAAGAAAAUGUUGUCAAAGUACCUACCAUGUAUAAUUUAGACACCUUUUAUUACAUUGAUAGUAAGGAACUCGACGCACAGGUAUUGGAACUUAAAUAUGAAGGAGGAGAUUCUGCUCUGUAUGUUGUCCUUCCACAUGAAGUAGAUGGCAUUAACAAAUUGGAAGAAAAACUCAGAGACCCAUCAUUAUUGGAUAGUGUUAUAAGUACCAUGUCUGCAUCAGAAGUUGAAGUGUACCUCCCUAAAUUCAAAAUUGAAACAACGAUAGAACUUAGAGAAGUUCUGGAAAAUAUGAAUGUCAGGCGAUUAUUUAGCUUUGGCGAAGCUAGACUCGACAAUCUCGUAAAGUCUGUUGGUAAUUUGUACAUUAAUGACGCUAAACAAAAGGCAUUUAUUGAAGUUAACGAAGAAGGUGCUGAGGCCGCGGCAGCUAAUGAAUUUGUUAUCUCAGGAAGCAGUUUAGUGAUCGACGAACCCCCGAAACCAGUUUUUGAUGCUGAUAGGCCAUUUGUUUUUGUUGUGAAGAAAAGUAAUUUGCCUUUGUUUACUGGAGUUUAUGCUGGAAACUAA